GUCGGCGGCGGCGGCGGUGGCGCCGGUUACGGGGGCGGGCCGCAGGAGCGCGUUCACCAGGCUCCGCGAUCGGUCCAGCCCGAUCCGCCGAAGUGUCCCUAUGAGACCUACCAGGCGCAAAUCCCGGACUGCUGCGCGGCCGCGGUAGCGGCGCAAGACCCGUACCCACGGCCGCCCAGCGGCUACGACACCAGGUGUUACGACGAGUGCCAUCGCAGGACACCGUACCAGGAGGAGCCCUAUACUCAGGAUGUAUCCGGAACAUUCCACCGGUCCCAGUCUAGACUGGGCUACGAGGAACGUCCUCAGUCCCGGGUGGGAUACGCCUCGGAUUCCAGGUGCGCCAGCGGGCUCGGAUACGACGACACCGGUGGGGGUUACCUGGAUCAGAGUGACCCGAGAAUGUAUUGCACCGGCGGCUAUUGCAUGGGAGAUACGAUGAUGGCGACGAGCAGAGGCGUAUGCGGCGAGGAGGUCGAACUCGACAUGCGGAGGCACAUUCAGGCAUGCGCCUGCACAUGCAACCACAUGGGCUACGGGAAUUACAUGGACUAUCAGACCACGUGCCUAACAGAACUGCCAGACGUGGCGCCUUGCAACGGCACCGUGCGAUUACCGCCGCCGUGCGAGGACUCGCCUAGCAGCGGCAGCAGCAAGGAUCGCAGAGACGAGAGUCCUCGCAGGAGGUGUCGGCUGUUGGCGCCUGUCCUGCUCCUAGUGGCCGUCCUGCUCCUCGGAGGCCUCUGUCUGCCGUUUCUACUACAAUCCGCGCCUGCCACGCACCAGCAGAGGCUGGACGUGAUCAGGAGGAUCCUCACUGAAGUGCCUCUGAUCGAUGGGCACAACGAUUUGCCCUGGAACGUCAGAAAGUUCGUACACAAUCAACUUGGCGAAGUCAACCUGAGCAGCGAUCUCGGCAGGGUCGACCCUUGGGCCAGAUCAGACUGGAGUCACACGGACAUCCCUAGAUUACGCGCUGGCCUCGUCGGUGCACAGUUUUGGUCCGCCUACGUUCCUUGCGGUGCCGCUCAGUUAAAUGCAGUUCAACUCUCAUUGGAACAGAUCGACGUGAUUCGUCGACUCGCCGAAAUGAAUGCUCAACACUUAACCCUGGUUACCUCCGUCAAAGGUCUCAUCGAGGCGCAUAGAGAAGGUAAGAUCGCAAGUCUAAUCGGAGUGGAAGGUGGUCAUUCCUUGGGGAAUUCCUUGGGUGUCCUCAGGACGUUUUACGGUCUGGGAGCGCGAUAUCUUACUCUGACACAUGCGUGCGACACCUCCUGGGCAGUCUGUUCUGUUGGCGAGACGAACAACACUCAGGACUCCACGCCGGGCCUCAGCGAAUUUGGGAAAGCAGUAGUCAGGGAAUUGAACAGGCUGGGCAUGCUGGUCGAUCUCUCGCACGUCUCGACAAGAACGAUGAGGGCGGCCCUGCAGACGACGAGGGCGCCGGUGAUUUUCUCGCACAGCGCUGCCAGGGCGCUGUGCAAUUCCACCAGAAACGUGCCGGACGACGUGCUCAGAAAUCUGGCUAAGAAUGGCGGAGUGGCGAUGGUCCCUUUUUAUACCUACUUCAUAACAUGCAACAGCACCGCUACUAUAAAAGACGUUAUAGCACACAUCAAUCAUAUUCGAAAGGUGGCGGGAAUCGAUCACGUCGGGAUCGGAGCGGGUUUCGACGGGAUAAAUUUCACUCCCACGGGUUUAGAAGAUGUCUCGAGGUAUCCGCAACUAUUGGCCACCUUGCUGGAGGAUCCUGCAUGGACGGAGGAAGACAUCAAGAAACUAGCCGGCCUCAACUUGCUGAGGGUAUUCGCGAAAGUCGAACAGGUUCGUGAUGAGUGGCACAGAGCGGCGGUGUUACCGGUGGAGAAGAUCAGUCCGCCGGACAACUCGGCCUGCGUCUACGGCGCGUCCUGAUCCUCUUUGGGGACAAUCGUGCCGGGACUGCUCGACUUUGCGCGAUCGCCGAAGACCCUGCGGUUGCCGCGGUAUUACUGGAGCCUGUAAAAGGAGCGUCCGCGUGCAUGCACCGAAUCGCCAAAGGAUUCCGUAUCCGUGAGGAAGGGCUACCGGGUAUCCGUCAAAUGGAAAACGACCGACCAAUCUUACACCGAAAAGAGAACUGCCGACUUCCACUUCAGGGACUCCGUCGCGCCUUAACGAGUGAGACGAAGAUUCAGCGCGGGAACGCGACCCGGUCCUUCGAAAUUAAUGGCGUCGAGGAUCCUUCCGAGACACCUUUGGGACGCGGCGGGAGCUCCGUUCGCGCACCCCCGCGACACCGUUCGGAAGAGGAUCUCUCAAACGCCGUUAGCGACAGUAAAAUUGCGAUCGCACACAUUUGAGAAAUAAUUAUCCGCCUCUUAUAAACACCCACUUAUUUUUGUGACAUCGGACACGAAUUACGUAACCUCGUAAUGUUAAAAGAAGGAUUAACGACUUAUUUUUAACUCGAUGUUUCUUCCACUUGCGAAUUAUUCGGCAAUAAUCUUGCGAUCAUUUGUCAGGCAUUUCCGUCCAGACUUCAAACUUAAUAAUCCGGACACUUAUUCAUUAUUUCGCAAUUUGCAUCACGUAAACUAGCGUUACGUUGAAGCGAACAUGCUUUAUAUACGCCGUAUUAUAUAUUUUACCUUGAAUUAAAUAAUAAUUUAAAAAUCGCAGAAAAUACGAAAAUUUGAAAGUACGAAUCACGAUCUCAUAAUUUCGCAAAUUACAAACUGCAAUUUUUAACUCAUCAGAAUGAAUUUAAAUUAUCUUGCUAAUCGCAAAGGUGAUCGGGGAGGAUUCUCGAAAAAAUUUUAUCGAAAGAAAUAGAAAGUCAUAUUCUCAGCGUGCAUUUAAUACCAACUAUAGUCGGCUGAUUCUCAUAUCACGUUUCCAGCACAUGCAAGCACGAAUCUAUUAAAAUUAAAUAAAAUCUAGAACCAGGCAGCCAUAUUUAGCGUUAAAUGUACAAGAAUAUGGGCAGAUUGUAUGGGAUAACUGUACGUGAUUAAUCGCGUAAGAUUUCUUGCGUCAAGAAAAAGCCGAAAUACAAAUAGUUCGAAUGGAGUACACAAUUAUCGUCUCAGGCGUUGCAUUUCUAUCGUUCUUUGUACUUCGAUCAGAGAACGAUCGUAAAUGACAUCCACUGUCAUACACCAACCAAAGAGAUAAGCCAUACUUUUUAUAAUUUUUAGAUGAAUUAACGAUACUGUACUAUAUAUUAAAAAUAUCCUGCGCGUCCUAAGAAAUAUUUGAAUUCAAUCACCCACGGUUAUACGAGAAUCGUAAAAAUUAAUAGGAAUUCGUACUGCCUAUACAUUUCCAUCAAUUUAUCUUUAUUUAAGCUUGCAUACAUAUAUACCUCUUUUAAAUACAAUCAUAUCUCGAGAAAAAUCUUUCCUCCAAAACUUGCACUCUUUCUUUUUUUUACAUUUUGACUUGGUAAUCGUAAAAGCUUUUCUAAAUUCUCCAUCAAAUGGAGAAAUCUCCGUUUUUGAAUUCUUUUUGAGCAUUUUGCACUUAGUCGAUCCAUAGAGAGAAACGUAAGCUGGAUACAAAAAAUUUCGUACCCCUUCUUAAUUUGCAUUGAACAUUAAAUACAUGAAUAAGCGUUAAAAAGCUGUUUUCAAAGUUCACUUAAGAUUAAAUGUAGACUAAGAUUUCGUUACUUGUUAUUUUGUACUUUUCAAGGGUAACGUACGAAAGAUCACUCAUAUCCAAUCGCUUAUGAUUGAGAAAUUAUAUUGAUAUUUCGAUAGUUUUUAAGAUGGAAUGACUCCAAAUCCAAAUGGUCAAUGAAUUCGCCACCGGUGUUUGUCAGUGUAAUUUUGAAACGCCCUAUACAUGAAUAUCGAAUCAGACAAGUGCGCUUAUGAUGUGCGAAUAUAACGAAGUCUCCAAGGAGAGAGAGAGAGAGAGAGAGAGAGAGAGAGAUACUAAAUUUCUAACGAUUAAAGCUUCGAAGGUAGCUCCCCACGCGUCAAUGAUAGAAGAAAAACAAGAAACAGAGUAAACCGCGCACUCGCUUUGUGGUGAGUCACUUGCAAUUCACAUUAGCAACGCAACGAAGCGAAAUUUCCUGUUAAUCGCGCAUCGAUUCCAUUUUCAAACAUUGACUUGCUACUUUCUGUAUAUAAGAUACAAGCUUAACGCUCUUGUCCGGAUACGCGCUAUCGAUAAAGCUUCUAACUGAAAUCGCAUCGCCAAAGAAUAUCAUCGGCUACUCUCGAAAUCUAUACUUCGACAUACGCUACUUCAUUAUGCUUACGAGUGCGAUGUACGACUCGCGUUGCCGAUAUUAAUUCACUGCCACACUCAUGCUGGACUUUACGAACACCUCGACUCACACGUCUAUAUGGCACUCUUACAAGUUCCUCGGAAACGUAAACAAAGACGUAACAAUGUUGAGUUGACGAUUCGAUUGGUAAAUUCAACGGAAAUUUCUCAUAACGACUUGCAACCGCGAUACAUCUCUAUAUAUCCGCAUAGGACAGAGGCUUCAGACGGAGCCAAUCUAUAUUUACGUUAUUUCGCACAAUUUAGCUCGAGUUUCACCGCUGCUACUUGCUGCCCCGAUUGCACGAACUGUCGUCCUGAAUCGUCCUAUACAGCCACAAGUGCUUUGAUAAACAAGACGUUGAUUUAAACAAAUCCAUUUGCAGCGCACGUAACGCGACCUAUACCUCUUCGGAGGCUAUCUCUCGCUCCAAUACGCAAGCCGUUCCAUUUUUGAAAAUGGCGUGCAACAGUUUUUUCACAAAAGUAGAAAACCCGUAGAGGCAGAUUGCACACUGGAAUUCGUAGUCCAGAAUUUAGGGUGCGUCGAACUUGGACUUACGCCACUUUCAAGAUAGCCGUAUCGACCAAGAAAAACCUCCUGGAUGCGUCGCGGAUAAGUUUUGUGACUUCUCUCAGGGCUGUGAUAUUUUCCGCGGGCCUCGUGAAACAUUUCGUGCUUCCAUCUUAAAAAAAAAAACUAAAAUAAAAUCGGGGCGCGUCGCAGAAGGGAGAGGAUGUAUCGUCGAAGAGAGCAGUCGCAUUGUACGAUUAUUGCGAGUCGAAGACGUGGGUACGUUACGCUCAAACAAUUCAUUAAAACGAUAUAAUAGUCGGUUUAGCUACACGAACAGGAAUACGCUCCUCGACAGAGAAAAGAUAUAGCAGUACCUACUUCGUAAGAGAUAUUUCAGAAAUGUAUCCAGGAGCCUCUCUCUCAGGAGAAGAGACGAGGGAAGGCUCGCCGAAAGCUUUUGGUAAUACAGAUAUAAUUUUUAAUUUCGUACCUUGUUACAAAUCACACAUAGUCUUGUAAACGCUUUUAUAGUUAUUCAAGGAAAAUUUUUAUAGUAAGGUAAACACAGACAUUAUCUACAGCUCAAUCGACCGUCAUACCGCUUUAAUCGAACGCACUCGCGAGGACGUCGCGUAGGAAAAGAGAAGCGUGCGUCAUUUCGUCGAUGUGCGCCGAGAUUUUCCGAUUACGACUUUGUUAUAAUAACGCAUUAAGUGAUAAGCAGUUUAUGGAAGGAUAUAGAUCUCCGUAGAGCGAGGACGGAUAAGAAGCAUAAGACGUAGUCUGUAGCGUGGACUUGUACAUCCUGUACGAAGAAGUUUUUUCGAUACUAAACACUCCGUUAAAACGCGAGAGAGCAACACGCACGUUAUACACACUAUUUGUGAGAAACAAUCGAUGCCUUCGAACGACUCGCGGCGCUGUUCCACGAGCCACGGGAUUUUUCGUCCGCACAAAACUCUGUCGGAGAGCUUAGACUCUCUCUCGACGAGGGACAUGCUUUUGCAACUCGAGAAAAAAAAACAAGAGCAUGAGUUUAAUAAACUUAGUCGUUAAUUAAAGGUAUAUCGUUGGCUGUACGUUCCCCGCGGCAACAUUCGAGUCCCGAUUUCAAUGAAGAAAGGCGAAUUCCUUGUUUUCCCUCGAAAUAAAGCUGUCAGCAUGCAUUUAUCCCCAAGAGAUCUAGCGAGAUACAGUGAAAAUUGUCAAAAUACCAAAAAAAAAAAAAAAGAGAAGUUUACGAUUAAUUGAUAACCGUAUUUAGAGAGUGAGGCGCAGCUCCCUUUUACAUAAAUUUUAGCAGCAAUAACGCAAGUAACCGCCAGAUAGUCUACUGAUAAGUAGCAUAAACGACCAAUAGGAGGAUACGUAUAAUUUCUAAUUCGUACCGAGUAAGUCUAACGAGUACGUAAUUACGGCACUUUGCUCAAUACCACCGAUUAGGACGUCAGGAAGACACACACACACGUACACAAACACAUACCGUUCUUUCCGUAGCGUUUCCGUAAUGUAAAACCAUCGUAAACUUAAACUACGUUUAGAUGAAAAAAAUCGCGCGGCCGCGUGUCACGGUUAUUCUUUAUAAAUAAUUUAUUGGAUCUUUCCUCCGCGCGCGCGAGCAGACGCCAAAUAUUGCGAGCCUCGACUCAAGAGUCGAGGGAAAAACCAUUAUAGAUAAUUAUUUUGAAUGUGUAUGAGUGAGCCGACAUGUGAGCGAAACAAGAAAGAGAGAGAGAGAGAGAGAGAGAAGAUAUUGUAAAAAAAAAUUCCGGAAUAAUUUCGAGCGUUUCGAGAAGGUGGACGCGAAAAUCGUAUCCGCAACACAACGUGUCAAUUAUUUAUGUAGACGAAAUGAAAUUUAUCGAUACGCACCCCCGUGCCUCGUAUCGUUUGGACAAUCUAUAAUUCUCGAGUUUAGUUGACCUCGAAGUAACGUUUCGUCUUACGUUCACCAUCACUUGCCAUUACUUACGAUAUAUACAUGAGAAAAAUCCAAUAAAAAGAAGAUAUAAUAUAUGCGUAAACGUUAUGAAUGUAGUCGUUCUUUUCUCGAACAGCUCGACCAUUAUUCUCCCGAUAGAUCAACGUGUUCAUUUUGUAAUCUAACGAGUAGACGACGAUCAACCACGCACGCGAAAUAGAAUUCAUUUCUUUCUAAGAUGUCGUAACGGAGGAGAGAAGAGAAAGAGAGACGAGAGAGGAAGACAACGGCGAGAAAGGGAAAAGAGAUCUUAGUUAUAUAAACCUUAACGUAUAUACCAUAAACAACACACAACUGCCUAGAAACUCAGAUUAAUAAUAUAUAUAUUAUACUUACUACAUUAUAUACAAUUAAUUAAAAAAAAAUUGACAUGUCUAAGCGCACAACAACGAGCGAGUUUUGGCAGAACAAGGGACGUGCGUGUAGAUAGAAUCUAUCCAACCGUGACCGAAGUACGCGUACGCUAUAUGUAUGUACAUGGUGUCCCAAAACCACCGGAACAUAUUUCAAUAACAGACGUGGUUGAAUUACAAGUGAAAAUGUAAUAUUAAAGAGCGAGGCUUCAAGGUGACAGGCGGAGAAUAAAAUCGUAUUGUUUGACAUUCAGGUCGGUUUUAAUUACUUUGAUAAAGCAUGGAUCGGCGCCGCAAACUUUUUAGCGGAAGCUUAAAGGGAUCGCGCGGCAGCACGAUGGGUCUUCCGUGAAGAUUCCUCCCUAAAGAAAUAUCAAGUCCGCGCGUGUGAAGUGAAGUAACAAAAGGCCGUCAUCGAAAUACGUACUGGUAGUUUCGAAACGCACCGUAUACAGGAGGCGGAAGGAGGAAGCUGGAGUCAGUUUCGCAACUGUACUCGAGAGACCAUAAACGCGGCACACAUUUCUGACCGCCAGCCCGACGAUUUUUCACUUCGUCUGGGGCGAGAAUAAUGCACUCCCGACCACUUGCCGCGAAACAAGUUUUGCGGUCGAACGUCGAUACAUCGAGCAAUGCGAGCGAAAACAAACACGUCGACCGGUGGCAGCCUCCAGCCGCGAGGUAGCCGCGAUUCCCGCGCGUUAUCUCGAGGCGAAGUUUGCUGGUUUUUGAAAAGUUAAACGUGCACCCGCGGGGAAGGCCGCGCUCCGCGGCGCGUCAAUAAUGCAGCCGCAAGAAAAAUCAGUUGCCAGCGACGCCGGCUCGUCAAACACGUCGCUUUUUUUUUUGCAGAUAUUCGUGUACCGCGGACUUCUUUCGCUGGCCAGGAUCGUCCUGACCCUGACGCUUUAUUCGAGUGAAAUAAUAAUUUCAAUUCGCGAGAGAGAUGCAUCUUUUAUUGACUCUCGACGUCAAGAAUCUCGAGGCGAAGUGUAACGCCGAUCGUUAUCGACGUAAACGAGUCGACUCGACGUCGGAUAGUCGUAUUGCGUCAAGUUGGUCUAAAAGGGAGGGAACCGGGGGAGGGGGGGGGGGGUAGCUGUAAAUUUCCGGCGACAAACUUCCAGCCGGAGAUACGACGUGAAACUUUCGCCCGCUCGCAUUUUCGAUUUAUCGCUUUGUCGAACGCUCGAGAUGAAUCCUAGAAAAAGAAGUGACACGAUCGCGAAUUGGAGCACUUUAGAAACACCGUGUUCUGAAGGGCAUCGCCGUUUAUCGAGAAUUCGGGAAUGAGAAGCGGGAAUGGGAGAGGCGUUUAAAGAGAAAUCUCAUUAUCAACAAAUACAAGUACAAUCAGCAGGAUGCCUCGAGCUGUUCGAUGACUAUGUACAGCGUGUAAAAGUUUUUAGAAAAAUUUAACUACGUGGCGGGAUGAGAGAAAGAAAAAGAGAGAGAGAGAGAGAGAAAAUAUAUGUAUGUAUAUGUAUGUAUGCAAGAGAAUGAAAGUGAGAAAGCAAGAGUGAGAGAGAUUUGCGAAACCCGUGCGAUGAAAAUACAUUACGAUGAUUAAUGCAUGGCCAGAUAUUACAGACGCUAUGAAAA